AUGGUCGCUGGUUCUGACGAUGAGUACGGUGACCAUGAUCUUGCUCUCUCUGUUGCCGACUGCAAGGAUAUUGAUCAUGUCACUGCAGAGGCCUUCGCAAUGCUGUCUGUUGCUUCGUUGCCAUCCCGCCCUGCUCGUCGCGCCCUCGGCGGCUUCACGUCUGCUCAACGACAACACUCUUCACCUCGUGAGGCCACUAUGAGGUGCGAACCUCAACUCGCACUUCUGGAUGCAGGUCCCCUGCAUCACCCCAUCUGUGAGGGUCCAUUAGAUAUACCGGUGGAGGUGAAUGGUAAAAAGAUUUAUCAGUUGGAGGAGGCAUGUGAGACAGGCAUCACAGAUCAUUGGUACAAAGCUGCUGCGAUGCAAUUCUAUCGUGGUGCGAAGUUCUAUUCUUCUCCUGUGGAGGAGAAGAAAUAUGACUCUGCUGCUGCGCCGACCCAUCGCUACAGGGAAGGCGAGAAGAAGUACGUCAUCUACCAUGGCCUGGCCCCCAGGCCCGGCAUAUAUGCUACGUGGCCCUAUCAGAAGAGGGAAUAUUUGGAGGACGCUUGUGCCAUCAGAGGCUUUGUUGCUACGCUACCCCCGGCAGCUAAGCUGGAGUGUACGCCCUAUUCGCUGUCGAGUAUCGGCAUCAAUACACUUGAGGAUCGCCAGGGGCCACACGAUGUGUCUUUGUUGUCUAGUCCUACAUCAGUCUUUCGAAUGCCUGCCUACUCCACACCACAGAGCCCAGUGCAGGGAACGGUGCGCUCACUACCCAGUGCGCCAACCUAG